GAGGCAGGUUUUCAGGAUGAAUCUGGAAAAACUCAGCAAACCAGAACUACUGACGCUGUUUAGCAUUCUUGAGGGAGAAUUAGAAGCAAGAGAUCUUGUCAUAGAGGCUUUAAAGGCCCAGCACAGGGACACAUUCAUUGAGGAACGCUAUGGGAAAUACAACAUCAGUGAUCCACUGAUGGCUUUGCAGAGAGAUUUUGAGACCCUGAAAGAGGGGAAUCAUGGUGAAAAGCAGCCAGUAUGCUCCAAUCCUUUAUCUAUUUUGAAAGUGGUGAUGAAACACUGCAAGAAUAUGCAGGAAAGAAUGUUAUCCCAACUAGCUGCUGCUGAAAGCAGGCACAGAAAGGUGAUCCUGGACCUGGAGGAGGAGAGGCAGCGGCACGCCCAGGACACGGCCGAGGGGGACGAUGUCACCUACAUGCUGGAGAAGGAGCGGGAGCGCCUCACCCAGCAGGUGGAGUUUGAAAAGUCCCAAGUGAAAAAGUUUGAGAAAGAGCAGAAGAAGCUGUCGAGCCAGUUGGAGGAGGAACGGGCACGCCACAAGCAACUGUCUUCCAUGCUCGUUGUGGAGUGCAAGAAAGCCACUGCCAAAGCAGCUGAAGAGGGCCAGAAGACAGCAGAACUGAGCUUGAAAUUGGAAAAGGAGAAGAGCAAGGUGAGUAAACUGGAAGAGGAGCUGGCAGCCAAGAGGAAGCGGGGUUUGCAGAUGGAAGCACAAGUAGAAAAGCAGCUCUCAGAGUUUGACAUUGAAAGAGAACAGCUGAAAGCUAAGCUGAACAGAGAAGAAAACCGUACAAAAGCGCUCAAAGAAGAGGUGGAAUGUCUGAAGAAAGCCCUGAAAGAGCUGGAGGCUUCUUGCCAGGAGCACAGUCCCUCCAAGCCUGUGCCCGCCAGCCCCUCGGUGACAUCCCGGGGGGUCACAACCGACAGUCCCCCAGUGAAGUCUGUGUCCUGCCAGACCGAGGGUCUGCAGGCAGAGCGGGCAAACCCCGCCGGCGGCAGCAAGGCUCCUCACGCCGCGUUUGCCAGCCCCUCUGCGCCUGUUCAUUCCUAUGCAAAAUCCAACGGGCACUGUGACACAGACCUGCACGUGGCUGGGGACACAAAUGCUGCAGAGGGCCAAGUCCCCAGGGAGAAAUCUGCCGCGGCCUCAGAAGGCGCGGUGGAGAACGGAAGCUCUCCCGUAAGAACGGAGUCGCCGGUGCACGCGAUGCCGCAGCCCCCCUCUGCCGGGGCAUCCCCGUCCCCCAGCAGCACCGCUGCCUCCUCUCUGACCCCUUCUCCCUGCUCCUCACCAGUGCUGACUAAACGCUUGGGGGGAGCCUCCGCCAGCAGCCCUGGCUACCAGUCCUCCUACCAGGUGGGCAUCAACCAGCGUUUCCACGCGGCCAGGCACAAGUUCCAGUCGCAGGCGGAGCAGGAGCAGCAGCCGGGCGGGCUGCAGAGCCCCCCCUCCCGGGAUCUGUCCCCCACCCUGGCUGACAACUCCGCUGCCAAGCAGCUGGCCCGCAACACGGUCACGCAGGUGCUGUCCAGGUUCACCAGCCAGCAGGGCCCCAUCAAGCCCGUCUCCCCUAACAGCUCCCCUUUUGGCACGGACUAUCGGAACCUGGCCAGCGCCGCCGGCCCCAAAACCGAGGCUGGGCACUGCCCGAGCCCUGUCAAGGUGUCCAGCCCGCUGAGCCCCUUGUCUCCUGGAAUCAAGUCACCCACCAUUCCCAGGGCAGAGAGAGGGAACCCUCCGCCCAUUCCUCCCAAGAAACCCGGCCUCGCCCAGUCGCCUGCUGCUGCUGCUCCCCUGAGCAAAGCCUCGUGCCAGGCCUCCUCCCUGGGUGCCCCCCUGGACGUGGCCACUAGCUGCUCCAGCAACUCUGUCGUGUCAAAUGGCAAAGACCUGGAGAUCCUCCUGCCAAGCAGCAGCUAGUCUCCAGAAAAUGGGAAUGUGACAUUCCGCAGCUUAGCUUACCCUGGAGCUAAGACACUGUUUUUCCACUCCGUGUUAUUUAUUUCCAUAGUAGCAGAUUCUGUCUGUAUAAAGCAUUUAGUAUAUUUUUUUUUUCUUUUUAAUAGGUAGGAAAAUAUUUUUGUUUAUGAAGAAACCUUAACUACAGCUAUACAGUAGCCUCCAAAUGUCUCAUGGCAGCAGUCAGAUCAUUAGAGAUAACAGCCAUAAUCAUGUGGUGGGACCUAUCAACCUCUAAUGGGACUGAAAUGCUACUUUUAAAUUAUGCAGAAAUAAUUUUUGCAGACUUUUUAUUCCAGAUGAACAUUUUAUAAAAGUGCCUGAACUAA